AUUAAUUAUACUUUUUGGAUUUAAUUAAUCAUUUUUAGAUGAGUAUCUCGGCAAUUAUAUCUAAAAACUGUUCCUUUAACAGGAGGUUAUUACUUAAUGUAUGUCAACCUUCCACAAUAUAUCUAUCAAGCAUAAUUUCUCCAGUAAAUCUUAUAAAAACACCAGAUCGUAUUCAUAUCGAGAAUUUAAACAAUAAUCAUGUCUCAAUUCAUAGUAAUAUUCCAAAGAAGAUUGAAACUCCAUUAACAUCUUAUCCAAUUGGCCUUCCACAAUACGUAAAUAAUAUAAAAUAUAAGAAUCCGCUGAUAAAUAACUCAAUUUUGAACUACAUUGAAAAUAAAGUACAACUAUACAUCGAUGAGCACACACGAGAGCGAUAUCUAUUCAAUAAACUUAGAAACGAUACAAAGAAUAGAAAAAGAGCAUUUGUUAAAAGAGGAUAUUUCAGAAGAACACAUUCAUUGAACAGGAAACUAAACAGACUUUCGUAUGCCUACGCUCUACAGGGAAUAGAUUAUGAAAUGUUAGAGAAUUUAGAAUUGGGAGAAAUACCGGACCUUAAAGAUUAUUUUAAGUAAAUUCAUGAUCAAUAUUGAUUAGUAACUGAAACUUACCAAAAAUCUCAAUUUAAAUUGUAAAAAGAACCUCCUUAUUCAUUAUGAUUAUUU